AGGCGAAGGAAGGGAAGGCAAAGCGAAUUAGGGUUUGGGGGAUGGAGGGGAAGGGGCAGCACCUCAUCAUCUACGAAACCCACCAUGAAAUCUUGGAGCGAGGGCGAUGAUGAUGAUGGAUGAUGGGGUUGGAGCAGCAGUAGCCAGCAUGUAGCAAGCAGCAAAGCAGCAGCACAGUGGUAGUAGUAGUCUAGGUUAUGGACAUCAACCACCCCCCAUACUUUUGUUUGUUCUUUGUAUUCUUCUUCUUUGUCUUCGGUGGUGACUCUCUCUCUUGCGGAGAUCGUUUUAUCUAUCGCAGCAGCACCCAUAGUCAGUCAGUCAGUCAGUCAGUUAGUUUCGUUCACGAGGUCCAGCAGCUUGACUCAAUUCAUUGACAGCGCCAUUGUUGAUGCCAGCAGCAGCAGCAGCCUGCUAUCCCCCCCCCCCCCCCCCAACUCGCAUUCGCUUCUUCCUCCUCCUCGUGCCACUCUAUUGUUGUUGCUAUCGCCUUUUGAUGCGUCGGAUAUGUCUUGCCUGUGACUGAAAGCGGUCUUUAGCUGAGGAGAACGAGCGUGCAGGAGGCGGAAGGGUUGGAGUCCCUUGUGGAGCAGUCGCAAUGGGGCGCGGGCGAGGGCCGAACACGGCCGAUUCCUACAUUGGUAGCCUCAUUAGUCUCACCUCGAAGAGUGAGAUUCGGUACGAAGGGAUUCUGUACACUGUGGACACCGAGAAUUCCAACAUAGCGCUGCAGAACGUGAGGUCAUUCGGGACAGAAGGGCGUAAAAAGGAUGGGCCCCAAAUUCCAGCUAGCGAUAAGGUGUACGACUACAUCAUAUUCCGAGGAUCAGAUAUCAAGGAUUUGCAAGUCAAGUCAUCCCCACCUCCUCCCUUGCAACCUCCUCCUCUACCUCAACAAACAGAUCCUGCAAUCAUCUCACUUCAGCAGUCUCAGCCACAAUACCCUCCACCGUCCUCUCUGGGGUCGUACAAUAGUGGACUUUCUGCAGCAGGGUCUUCCUCGGAGCCGAGUGCCUCUCCCCCUCCUCCUCCUCCUCCUUACAUGGGGAUGCCAUCUCAGUACCCGAGGGCAGUGCCUCCUCUAUAUCCUCCAGGGGGAAUGCAGUCGUGGGGUCCUCCACCACCUCCUGGUGCCAAUGGGUCGGGUCUGGCAAUGCCAAUGUAUUGGCAAGGUUAUUACAGGCCGCCACCAGCAGGGCACAUGCAGCACCAACCCAUGCCCCCUCAACCUCCUCCGUCGUUGGCAACGCCUCCACAGGGUCAGCCACAACAACAACAACAACAGCAACAUGGGCAGCAGCAGAUCCAGCAGGGUCAACAAGCGCCAUCCCUGGCUCAGCAGCUUCCGGCAGUUUCACGUACUCCAGGACCGGUAACGGGGGCUAGCCCUAGCGGCGGAGUAACUCCUGCUUCGCAGACUCAAGCUUCAUCAUCAAAUGUUGCAGCUGCCCCUAUGUCUAGCCCUGCUACUUCAGUGGCACCUUUAGCUGCAGAAGCUUCUCCUCCAGCUUCUACUGUGAUGAGUUCCACCGCACCUACUGUGACCACAGCAGUCACUCCAUUAGCUUCUUCGGCCGGGACAGCAGCUUCUGCCUCUCCUUCUGCAGUUUCUGUUUCUGCUCCUAUGCAAGGAGUAAGCGUGGUGAUCACGCCAGUCGCAAAGAACCCACGACGUCCUGUGGCCAAUGUGACUCAGGUUCCGCAGGCUCCAUCACAGACUGUGGGAUCCUCUUCUAAUGGGUCACAGAGCACAUCAAGUGCGACCGUCGUGUCCUCUGGGUCCAUGGUAAGACCACAAAGCGAGGCAAUGCAGUCUUCUGGAAUUGUUGCUACAGCUGCAAAAUCGGGAGCAGUUGUUGCACAAAGUCAAGCGCCUCCCAAAGUGAGGCAGAAACCAGCGGACCAGGAAAAUGCAGCAAGGGCACCCAUAGUGCAAACUAGCUCACUGGCUGCACCUGCGCAGGAGCAAGUCAGUCAGCCUCUCCUUCCAUUGCCCCCCGCAGAUCAGAAGCAACAGGUGCACUCCACCACUGUAGUCUUUCGGCAGCGCGGAAGCCAUGGCGUACCCACUGGCCAAAGGAAUCACUGGCAGGGAAAUGGUUACAUGGGGAAUGGCAACUAUAAUCGUCGUGGAAGAGGCCGAGGCAACGGCAGCGGAAGGGGCAUGGCGCUGGCGAAUCCCACGCAGCAAUUCACUGAAGAUUUCGACUUCACAGCCAUGAAUGAGAAGUUCAACAAGGACGAAGUUUGGGGAACGCUCGGAGGAAAGGAUGAAGAAGAAGACUACGAAUAUGAAAACGGGAAUGCGGAAGACGAGGCAGCCGAUACCACACACUUGGAUGUUUCAAAGAAGGCUCUUUAUAACAAGGAUGAUUUUUUCGACUCUCUAUCUUGCGAUGCAUCUGAAGGACGUGGUGAACGGACCAAAUUUUCUGAACAGCGCAAGAUCGACACUGAGACAUUUGGCGCCUUCCCAGUGAGGUCUCGCGGGGGCCGUGGUGGACGCGGAGGACGUCGUGGAGGCUACAGGGGCGGCUACUAUGGUGGCGGUGGUGGAAGUUAUGGGAUAGGAAGAGGUGGUGGUUAUGGCAGGGGCCGUGGUACAGGCCGUGUCUCAACUGGCAAUUUAUAAGCAGUUAUUCCCAUCUUCCAUGGGGAAUUACUGCGGCGAUUGCAUCAGGCAUGAGAACAUGAUUUGGAGCGAUGAUGCUUGAUGGCGCUUUUUUAGGUUGGUGGGGGGGGGGUAGCUCAUGCAUGCUAGCAGUGAGAAAUUGGAAGGAUCUGUAGACGAUUGUGGAUUCGUGGCACUGGCUUAUGGCUUGUUCCAGGAAAAGGUGGCAGCAGAUGAGUGUGAUGAUCAUCAACACCCUCAGUGAACAUGGGUCUCUGAAUGGUGCAACUGCCACGUUCUUCACAGUAUUCUGUUUUUGGGUCGGACGCAUUCGCAAGUAACCACUGGAACAGCAACUGACCGAGAGUUUGAAACCCUCGUAGUUCGUGCAAGGGAUCAGUACUUGACGACACCUGAACGGAUAUCUAGACCGUAGAUGGUUUCGGUCGGAAUGAUUUGGAGCGGGAGUUUUUAACCGCUUUAUAAUCUGAGACAUGUUGCAACAAUGAUGUGGAUAGUGAAGGUUGGGUUGUAGAUAGUCGGGUAGGCAAGGCCACACAGAUGGACACCACAUGUUUUAUUGACCAUCUCAUGUGUAUAUUGUUUUGGAGGUUUGGUGGCGGAAAUCUGUUGAUGUUGGAAUAAUCUUUGUUUUUGCAUAGUUAACCCCCUCCCUCCCCCGAAUUGCAAUAUUCUCGUAUUUAUAUUAGUAA